AUUAUCUAUAAUAUUAAAAUUUUCUGAAAUUUCGUACCUUUUUAGGUUUUACACAUUUAUAAAGGAUCGUCACCUGACACAAUUUAAAGCCGCAUUAUUAACUGGAUAAGUUAAUUUUAUUCAUUCCUGUAAGUAUCACUAUCAAAUGUUGUGUUAUAAUUGAUUACAACCGUCAAUUACUGUGAUGUCUGAAAAAACUCUUUAUUUUAGAAUAAAUAAUAUAAUAUGUAAUUUAAAUAUUUAUUGUUUUCGACUUCAUCUAUAAACAAAAAUUGUAUCAUUGUAAUUAUUAUUCCUAUUGAUUAUUGUUUUUAUUUUUAGAUCUGUAGUCAUGGGAGCUUCAGCUUUACCAGUUUUAAUUUUUACCGCUUUCUGGGGUGUGGUCGGCAUUGUGUUACCGUUUAUCAUUCCCAAAGGACCAGAUCGAGGGUAAAUUUAUUGGUGGUCAAUUAUAUUAACAAAGAUAUUUAUUUAGUUUAAUUGAUUUAAUUAUUUAAUAUUUGAGGAUUUAUUAAUUUUUUCUAGUGUACAACAACUUGUUUUAAUGAUGACAGCAGCUACUUGUUAUCUAUUGUGAGUAUAAUUUUAAUUUAUCCUGAUAUUAUUGGUAGAUCUCUUAAAUUUACUUAAAUAGUUUUAUUUGUAUUUAUUUUUUUAAUCUUCCAUUAAUAAAUAUAACAAAGCUGUUACAGCUGAAGGGUGUACCACUUUUUAUAAAGUAAUUUAAUUUUUUUUUCUGUAUACAACUAUAAACCUUUGCUUACUAAAAAACAAUUCAGAGCACAAUAUUUGUUCUCUUUAUGCUAAAUUAACCUAGAAAUUAAAAAAUGUUCUUGUUUUUUCGAUUUAUUAACUUUUAAAAUAAAAAAAUGACCUCUAAUUAAAUUAAAAAUAUUACAAAAAAGUUUUUAAUAGGAUCAAGAUUUCUGGUAGAAAAUUUGUCAACACAUAAAAAAAAAUACACAUCUUAGUAAAGCCUUGCUUGCUUCACUCAGAAACUAAAACAAGGUAGAUUGGCAAUUAAGUCAAUCAAGGUAUAUACGAUAUAUUGACUAAAAGAAAAUAGUAUUUACUUUUACUAUUGCAAAUUUACAGUUUUCUUUUUAAAAAGUUUAAAUGUUUUUUCAAUAAAAAUGUAUAAAUUCCUACCAACUGUAUUGUUUAUCAUAUUGUUCACAAUCAGUUUAAAAUUUAUUAAAUUGUUAUACUAAUGAAAUGCCUAACAGAGAUUGAUUAAAAUUAAAUUUUGAAAUUGACAGUUUGAGUUAGAACACAUUACAAGGACCUGGACAGUUAUUUUCUAGCACUUUUGUAUUCGUUUUGAAUCAUUCUUAUAAAGGUAGUAAUUUAUUUCUAAAAUAAACAGUUUUAGAAGAAUAGUGACACAAUAUUAUGUUCUUAAACAAGUAAAUAUUUUUAUAAACCAUGACCUUAAUUUAAUGUAAACAAUUUGUAUCUAUAUAAAAUUUAUAUUUAAUUUAAUAUAUGUUUUUAAAAUUGUUGUAAAUAUUUAUUGAAGUAUCAAAUUAGAAAACAAUAUUAUAGUAGUAUGUAACAUAUUGUUAGUUUUGCUUAAAACAUAAUAUUAAUCUAGUAAUAUAGCUACUUUUGUUUUAUCAUUUAAAUUUUAAUAAUUUUUCAUGUAUGUAUUUCAAUAAUUAAUAUUUUUUUUAGUUGGCUUUGUUGUUAUAUGGCUCAAAUGAAUCCUCUAGUUGGACCAAGAUUAAAUCAACAUACAGUUUUAAUAAUGGCUCGAGAAUGGGUAUAAUAUUUUGUUAAUAAUAUUUAAAAAAUAUACACAAGUAUUAUAAAUAUAUGUAUUUUUUUUUUCAGGGUAAUCCAUUAUUAUAAGAAGAAAACAAAAUUUGUGUGAAAUAAAAUGUAAAAUUUUUAAUAAUUCCAUUUAUUUUUUUAGUUAAGUGUGUUUUAAUUUUGAAUUUUUAGAUUCCAAUGAUAAUUUUUUUUUUUAACAGAAUUAUUUAAAACCAUAUUAAAUAUCAAAAUCAAUCUAAAAAUAUAUUUUAAUGUAAUCUUAAAAAAAAUUAUAAUUAUCGUUUUAUUAUUCCAUAGGAGUAACUAGAAAUAAGUUCUUUUAUUCAGUAUUAAUAUAAUAUAUAUUGAAUUAUAUUAUUAUAUUAAUACUAUAUUAACAAGCAUGUAUUGUAUGUAUGUAAUUAUAUUUAGAUAAAGUACGUUUUGGGUUUACUUAAAUAAUUAGAGUCCUAAAAUUGUUUUUAUGUACACUAUUUUUGCAUUACAUUACAUAUUCGAUAUGUAUAGAUAUAAGACUUAAAAUUAUAAUAUGUUAUAAACAACUAAUUGUUCAUAAUAAUUCCAGUUGAUAAAAUGCUGUAAUGAGUUUUCUAUUAACAUAAUAUUUAUAAAUUAACAUUAAGUAAAAUCAUUUUACAAUGUCCCAUGAAGAUACACCUAUUGUAAUAUCUCCGGAGAUAAUAAAGAUAAUCAAAUUCUAUUUUUUUUUUUUAUAUAAUACUCACAUUGAUAAGCACUAGAAAUAUUUCUAUUUGAAUUAAAUUGUUAUGUUUUUUUGAAAAAAAAUUGAAGAUAGCUACUUUAUAGUUUGAACAAUUUUGACGUUUCUACAUUUUAUUUUCAUUAAAUUCAUGGUUUCCUUUAAAAGAAAUUUAAAAUUCAGAGAAAAAAAGUAUACAGUAAAAUUACCCAUAGUAAUAAUAGUAAAUUAGAAAAUUUGAUUACAGCCUGCUGCCUAACUAUGUGUAAUCAGAAUAAUAAUUAAUAUAACAUACCUAACUAUUAUUAUGAUUAAUAUUCUCUGAAUUUAAAAAAAUUGAUUAAAAAUCACAAAUUUUAUGAAAAUAAAAGUUGAAACAUGAAAAUGUUCAGAAGAAUAAACUAUAAAAUGGAACUUCAAAAUCUUCAAUUUUUUUUAAUUCAUACUUAACUAAAAUAUCGUUCAAUAAUUUUAUCCACUGGUUUACUUAGUUCUUGGUAUAUAUGAUACAGUGCAAGCCCACAUAAGCGAUCCUGGCCCAUUUUUGAGAGUAACCAUGAUAUGUAUACAAAACAAGCAUAAAGCAAAUAGUAAAAAUUAAUAAUUAAAAAACAGGUAGGUGGUACUACUUAGAUUUAUAAGCCAAUGCCAAUUAUGUAGAUUAUUAAUUGUAUUUUAAUAAAUAAUAAUAUACUCUGUAAAUAUUUAGCCUUAAAGAACUUUUUUUUUAAACUAACACAUUGAAGUAGUAGAUAGUAUAAAAGCAGUAAGUAUUCAAUUACUUUUUAAAAAUAAUAUUGAGUCCUACAAAUAUUUUGA